AUGGCGUCCCACUACCGCGACGCGGCAAAAUGCCUCAAAGCGGUCGACGGCGGCCGCACCACGCUGAAGACGGCAGCCUACAAGACACAGAACCCGCCGAGGACCGUGGCGCUCGUCUCCGAGGUGCGGCGGCACCGCAAAGCGUUGGAAACAGCCAUCGCGGCGACGGGCCUGCGGGAGAAGGCCGGCGGCGACGCGCAGCUGCUGCUCGUCGCGGUCUACGACGCCGUACCACGCUGA